CUCCCCACCUGGCUCAGGACGCAAACGCCACAAAGGAAUACACUGAGGGGGUGACAGGCCCCCAUAAAACAGGCGCAGCCCAGAUAAUGGAAACCAACACGAAAAAGGACAAGGAAAGGAGAGUGGGGACCCCCACGAAACUGGACGUCAUCCCAAGUCACCUGCUACACCAACGCGCCCCAUGCCUGUCUCAAGUCCUAGCCCCAAACCUAAUAAAGACGCAGUGAAGUCAGAGGACAGACAGAAGCUGGCCAAGGAGCGGAGAGAGGAGAAGGCCAAAUAUCUGGACAAGCUCGGCCAGAUACAAGCGGCGAAGAAGUCCCAAUGGCUGGACAAAGAGGAAAAGGCCCGGCAGCUGAGGGAGAGCCAGCUGGACGAGCGGCGCAGGAAGCUGGAGGAGCAGCGGAUCAAGACAGAGAAACGUCGCGCCGCCCUGGAGGAGAGGCAGAAACAGAAACUAGAGAAGAACAAGGAGCGGUAUGAGGCUGCCCUCCAGCGGUCCACUAAGAAGACCUGGGCUGAGAUCCGUCAGCAGAGAUUGUCCUGGGCCGGAGGCCUCAGCCAGAAAUCCAGCCAGAGAGAAAGCAGAUGCUCGGUGUCGGCGGUCAACCUGCCCAAACACGUGGAUUCGGUUAUAAACAAGAGGCUCUCCAAGUCCUCCGCCACCCUCUGGAACUCCCCCAACAGAACCCGUAGCCUCCAGCUGAGUCCCUGGGAGAGCAGCAUUGUGGACCGACUGAUGACGCCCACCCUGUCCUUCCUGGCCCGUAGCCGCAGCGCCGCCAGCGUGCUCAGCAACGAGUCGCCCCUAUGCCCCCGUUCAGCCUCGGCCAGCCCGCUGACGCUGUGUGCCCACCGGCCUCACCACCGCAGCUCCGACCGCUGGAGGGUGACGUCCAGCACGCCCGACAUCACCCAGCGCCAGCGCCGAACCGACUCCACGCCGAUAGAGAAGAGAAAGAAAGAGAAGAAGGACAAGGAACGGGAGAACGAGAAGGAGAAGAGCGCUCUGAGCAGAGAGAAGGUGCUGAGGAAGAGACAGUCCUUACCCAGUAUGAAGCACAGACCGGACCCCAGUCCUAGUCCCUUAUCCAGACAGCGGGCUGCCUCACCUGCCACUACUCCUAGAGCAAGACCUUCCUCCUCCUCUCCCAGCCCUGCUGCUUCCCCCAAACCUCCCUCUUCAGCCCGGGCUAGCCCCUCCACACCCAAGGCCCGGCCCAAGAGGACUAGGACCCCGGCCCGGGUGGACCACGGGCGCACCUCCUCCCCCGUACCCCUGGAGAGGGCCAGGGAGACCCGCGGCCGUAGGUCAGCCACGCCCGAGGAGCCCAAAGGCAAGAGCUCCCCCGUUCCUUCAAUCGUGGUAUCCUCCGCUCCGGCCACGCCCCCUUCGCUGAGUACACCAAUCACAACGGCCGCCGCCACUCCCUCUGAGGUCCCUCCUUCCGCCCAAUCAACCCCCAGUGCCCCUGCAUCAUCCCCAGCCCCAUCUGCCUCCCCGUCAGCCAAGCCUAUGGCGGGCACCAACAACCCAGAGGAGGCCGCCCGGAUCCUGGCCGAGAAGAGGAGGCAAGCCCGUGAGCAGAGGGAGAGGGAGGAGCAGGAGAAACGCGAGCAGGAGGAGAGAGAGAAGGUCCUGCGAGAGGAGCGUAAGCUGCGGGAGGCGGAGGAGAGCAAGCUGCGGGAGGAGGAGGCGCGCCUCAUGGCCGAGGAGCAGCGCCUGAGAGACGAGGCCCAGCGUGUGGAUGAGGAGAAGGAGGCGCAGGAGAGAGCCAGGGCAGAGCAGGAGGAGAAUGAGCGCCUACAGAAACAGAGAGAGGAGGCUGAGGCUAAGGCCAAGGAGGAGGCGGAGAAACAGCGUCUGGACAGAGAGAAACACUUCCAGAAGGAGGAGCAGGAGAGACUGGAGAGGAAGAAGCGUCUCGAGCAGAUCAUGAAGAGGACACGCAAGACAGAUGGAGGGGAAAAGAAAGACACCAAGUCCCCACCUCCCUCCGAAGUCAAUGGCAAAGAGGCCGAGAGCAGCAAAGCCUCUGCUGACUACCAGCCAAGCCCAGAGGUCAACAAGAAUACAGAGAACGCCCAUAGUGAUGUGAGAGACAGCUCCACGGUCCAUGUGGUCAACGGUGUUCAGCCUGCCAGACACGAGAAUGGCCUGUCUAGCAAGGGAGACACCGCACACUUUGAGGAGAUCAUCCAGCUAGCCAAUCACAGCAACAGCACCAAUGUGGGGCGGGAGAAAUCAGAGAGUGACAUGCCCACUGAGCCAAUCCUGGCCUUUGAAAGUGAGGAGCCCUUCCUGAAAAAAGUGGGCCCCAUGAAGCCUCAACAUGUCGCAGAGGUCCUGUGAGGUGUGUGCCACUCGCAAAGGCGAUUCUUAGGCCCCCCCACCUUCCCGAACCCAGCCUCCGCUCGUAUGGGUAGAGAGCCCCCCUCUUCCCGAAGGGGCACAUCCCCUAUGACCUGUGCCAAACCAAUCACAGAUUGCUUUCUAGGCACCAAAAAACAUAAACUUUCCCUGUGAAAAGAGCUGAUGAUGAAGAAGAAGCAACAACUCUGCAUUCCGCAAAAAAGACACAAGCAAAACACAAAACAGGAUAUGACGUCAUCACCACCCGACAGGGUGCAUCAGUGUUACCAUUUGUAGAUGGUAGAAGAUAUCACGGCAUCAAUUCUACCAUAACAGUAUCAUCCAUGGUAGAUUUCAGCAGCCCUGAGGGGGGAAAAAUACACAUUUGACACUAAUGAGUAAUUGUUGUUAUUAUUAUGAAAAGAGAAGUGAGUUGAAAGAGAAGUGAGUUGGCUUUUUUGUUUCUAAUGUUUAGUUUAUUUAAGUUGAAGAGAAAUGUAAGGACUGGGUACAGUUUUAUGUGAAUAAUGUAAAUGAAAUCUUGAGCGUUGAACUAAAGGAGGGAGGGGUCUGUGGAAUAAAUUGUGUAUGAAUUUGUGAAAGGAAGCCCAAUGUUUACCUGCCUUUCAAGGUCUACCCAGUAACUAAUAUGUAUUGAAAACAUAAUGAUAUGGUCUCUGUAAACAUACUUGUAAAUGUUCUGUAAAUGGCGCUUUGCUGCAAAUAGAAUGUCUCCAAAAUACUGAAGAAGACGUUUGACAACAUUUUGACAAUGUAAAAAUUACGUUGUUGGAGCACAGCGUCAGCUGUCUCCAAGGAGUUCUGUGUCGACAGGUUUUCUGUUUGAACUGUUCCGCUCCUCAAUUAUGAUUGAUUGUACUCUGAACUGGAUAUGAAAAUGAACAAGGCAUCAGUUGAACAAAAAACACAUGGGUAUUCCAGAUUCAGGAUUGGUAAGCCUUUGGUCAAAUCAGUGAUCCAUUCAGUUUAAUCAGUGUUGAAACAGAAUGUACACAAGGGCAUCCCAUCCCACCAUUUAAAAAAUCAAUAUGCAGGUUUUUUUUUUUUUUUUUUACCUGAGCAAGAAGCAUGAUAUGCUGCCACCUCCAUUGAGAUUCCACAGAUUCUAAUGUGUUUGAAAAUGAAAUGCUGGUGUGUGUAUGCUAUAAAUAUAUUUGGUUUUGUGUUGAAGGGACAUUGUUCUGAUUCUUAUUAAAGAGAAAAUUGUUGUCUGUG